CGGCCCGUGGUCCCUCGGCGGCUCCGGCAUCCAGGGCGGCGCGGGAGGGAGGGAGGAUGAACCUGGAGCGGCUCAGGAAGCGAGUGCGCCACUACAUCGACCAGCAACAGUAUCAAAGUGCCCUGUUUUGGGCUGACAAAGUAGCUUCACUCUCUCAUGAGGAGCCACAGGAUAUCUACUGGUUGGCCCAGUGUCUUUACCUAACAGCUCAGUAUCACAGGGCAGCACAUGCCCUUCGAUCGCGGAAGUUGGAUAAGUUGUAUGAGGCAUGUCGCUACCUUGCAGCUAGAUGUCAUUAUGCUGCAAAAGAGCAUCAACAGGCCUUGGAUAUUCUUGAUAUGGAGGAGCCAAUCAACAAACGACUUUUUGAAAAGUACUUGAAGGAUGAAAGUGGGUUGAAAGAUUCUGCCACAGACUGGGAGAUGUCACAGUCUUCAAUCAAGAGCUCUAUAUGCCUUUUACGAGGGAAGAUCUAUGAUGCUUUGGAUAAUAGAACACUGGCAACUUACAGCUACAAAGAGGCCUUGAAGCUUGAUGUUUACUGCUUUGAAGCAUUCGAUCUUUUAACAUCACACCAUAUGCUGACAGCACAAGAAGAAAAAGAACUCCUUGAAUCUCUUCCUCUUAAUAGACAGUGUACGGAAGAAGAACAGGAAUUGCUUCACUUUUUAUUUGAGAAUAAAUUGAAAAAGUAUAAUAAACCCAGUGAAACACUGAUUCCUGAAUCAGUAGAUGGUCUUCAGGAAAACCUGGAUGUGGUAGUAUCUUUAGCUGAAAGGCAUUAUUACAACUGUGACUUCAAAAUGUGUUACAAGCUUACUUCAGUAGUGAUGGAAAAAGAUCCCUUCCAUGCAAAUUGUUUACCUGUACAUAUAGGGACACUUGUGGAGCUUAACAAAGCAAAUGAGCUUUUCUAUCUUUCUCACAAACUGGUGGAUUUGUACCCAAAUAAUCCUGUGUCAUGGUUUGCAGUAGGAUGCUAUUAUCUCAUGGUUGGCCACAAAAAUGAACAUGCUAGAAGAUAUCUCAGCAAAGCUACUACACUGGAGCGAACCUAUGGCCCUGCAUGGAUAGCAUAUGGACAUUCAUUCGCAGUGGAGAGUGAGCAUGACCAAGCAAUGGCUGCGUACUUCACAGCUGCACAGCUCAUGAAAGGGUGUCAUUUGCCGAUGCUCUAUAUUGGACUGGAAUAUGGUUUGACCAACAAUUCCAAGUUGGCUGAACGGUUUUUCAGCCAAGCUUUAAGCAUUGCACCUGAAGAUCCUUUUGUUAUGCAUGAAGUUGGAGUGGUAGCAUUUCAAAAUGGAGACUGGAAAACUGCAGAAAAGUGGUUCCUUGAUGCACUGGAAAAAAUCAAAGCUAUUGGAAAUGAGGUAACAGUUGAUAAGUGGGAGCCUUUAUUGAACAACUUGGGACAUGUCUGCAGAAAACUCAAGAAGUAUGAAGAAGCACUGGAAUACCAUCGCCAGGCUUUGGUAUUAAUCCCUCAGAAUGCUUCUACUUACUCUGCCAUUGGCUACAUACACAGCCUCAUGGGCAAUUUUGAAAGCGCCAUUGACUAUUUCCACACGGCCCUUGGUCUCAGACGGGAUGACACAUUUUCGGUCACAAUGCUUGGACACUGCAUCGAAAUGUACAUCGGUGAUUCUGAAGCCUAUAUUGGAACAGAGAUCAAAGACAAAUUAAGAUGUUAUGACUUCGAUGUACACACAGUGAAGACUUUAAAGAACAUAAUUUCACCUCCCUGGGAUUUCAGAGAAUUCGACAUAGAAAGACAAACUCUGGAUGAAAGUGGCAUAGUAACAUUAGAGACAUCAAAUCAAAGGAAAAGUACAGAUACCAGUCGCCCAUUGGAAGAAACAUUUGAGAUUGAAAUGAAUGAAAGUGAUAUGAUGUUAGAAACAUCAAUGUCAGACCACAGUACGUGACCAUAAAUACUGGUAGAGAGCUCAUUUUGUCUAAGUGUAGUAUGUUUGUUUUAGCAUUUUUGUUAUGGUGUUGUACUUUCAUGAAUUUGCUAUUUUUUAUAUGAAUUCAAACUACUAUGUACUUAA